CGCGGAGCCAUCCAAUGCAGUCCCUGCCGUACACGCGAGCCACGACGUAACAGUGAAUAAUCCUGCCGUAGCCGCAGGAGGUGGAUAUGACGAAUGGGGUGAACCUGGCUCCUUGGCUGCACACGAAGACAAUGGCGGCUGGGGUCCCGGCGCUGGUGCUGGAAGCCUACGGAGUGAAGGAACGGCUGACCAGGAAUGGGGAGAGCCCCCUGUAGCAGACGGCGGCUGGGGGGCGCCCUCUGUUCCGGCGGGCGGGUGGGGAGCUCCCACUGCCGGUGACUGGGGCCCUGCGCCUGCAGCGGCCAUUGAUGAAUGGGGAGCACACGGCUCUCCGGUGAGCAUGAACGAGGGCGUGCGCGGGACGAAGAAAAGCGCGUUGAAAAGAAGUGGUGCGCACAGUCACUCGCAGCAACAACCGCUACCAGUGCCACCGCCCGCACAAGCGCCUGCACAUACCUCUUUCCAUCCUUCUGCCACUGCUCAUAUGCCUCAGUCGCGCUACGGCGCGCAUCACGCGCAACAAGAGUGGGGAGCCCCCGAUGUAGCUGGCUGGGGCGGCCAGGCCUCCUGGGGACCUCAAGCACCGCCAAAGCCUGCCCCUGGACCUCCUGCUGCGAAACCCGCGUGGGCCAACUGGGCGAACGAAGCGAAAGGAAUGCCUAUGGCGCAGGCUCAAGCGGCUCACCAGCCGCGACGUGAGCAACCAGGCUCGCAUCACGGCCGCCCACAGCAGCAGUCUCUCCACCCCAGCCAACAGUGGCAGGACCCACACUUCGUCGCAGAACAACAGAGUAUCCUGCGUAGCAUCCAGGAGGCCCGCUCUCAGAGUGGCUCACAUCAUGGCCGACCACAGCCAGUACAGCAGGCCGACAGCUGGGGGUAUAUGACCGGCGGCGGUGGCGGCUGGGGAGAGCGAGCAUCGACCAUACCGGAAGAAGACGAGUACGAUGAGGAGGAGGAUGAAGACGACUGGGGACACGACAUGGGCCACGACAAGGGCGGCUACGGCUGGGGCGGGGGGCACGCACCUAACGGCGGACGUGUACGCUUUUCCCCAAACAUCUCCUAUGGCUCCUCACCCCGGGCCCGCGCACAGAGCGCGCCGUCAAUGCAUGGCGUGGCGCAGCCGCAGUCUGGCUCACAAGGCAAUCCGCAGCAAUUCUGGGCGCCCGCUGCGAUGGCCUCGAAGACGAUGAAGAUCGCGACUGGCGCGAUCUCGACCACCGUAUUCGAACUGCCGCCGCCUCGAAAUGGUGUGGGUGAAGCCGGAUUUGUAGACUCCCAGGGCGCGGCACUCGCCUCCGCCGAGCGCGCGAUGUACAACCGACAUCGACCUGCGAAGGAGAGAUUUCGGUGGGGCUUCAAUCCGGACAAAGACCCUCGCGUGCGUUCGCUCUUGCAAUGGAUAGCUGCGAUGUCCAACGGCCUUGCCACUAUUGGGUUGAAGAGGUUCCUUGAGACCCAAGAGAGAGGAGCACUCUUCGCCAACGCCGAUUUUCGCGUCCCUGCACCCACGCCAGGAGCCCCAGCGCAACCUACUUUCGACUAUGUGACCCUCGACCAAAUCCAAAGAACUCUGGACGCGACCAUGCAAGAGUCCGUCAAGCUAUAUGAUCCUGCGUUCCAAGUGAUCGUCUUCGUAUUCCUCCUAUCCCCUUCUGGGAACAGCAUGGCGCUCUGGCGGCGCAAGCUCGAAGUUCCCGACUCAGUGCGCGAUGCGUACUACGACGACAUCCUUCAAGUGGAGGCGGAGCUCAAGACCUACCCGGUGUAUGUUGACGAGGGUCGUGAUAGGCUACCGGUGAAGGCCGACGCGCCGCCACCGAAGAAAAAAGUACGCUUCGCAUUCCUGCGCAGGCUAUUCGGAGGGAAGAAAUCCGCCGCUGCAUCAUGACCCAGCACCCCUCCCCCGACCCACGUCUUUCACGCCUCACGUCCCUCUUCGUUCACACCCGUGUUUUAUUGCUUCGCCUUCGCGCUGUCCCUGUCUCGCUGUCCUGCAUUGCACUGUAUCACUGCCCUCCCAUUUCUGUCCUGCUACCAAGUACUGCUAGAUCUCUUCUUCUGGAAAUACCCGCGCUGCCCUGCUAAUGUCCGCGACACCUUGUGUAUUACUAGCGCCCUGCUUCACGCCCAUCUCCGACUACUGCCACCUUUACGAUGUACAUGACUUACGACGAGCAUCACGUGGACUUUGGAUGUGUAAUUGUAUGUGCGCGCCACAAUAAGCAUAAGCACACAUACUCUCUAUCUACUGCUACUGCUAC